UAAUGAUAUAUCUCUAGUCUAGACAUUAUUUGUCUACAAACGUUUUGUAUUGACUUGGCCAUCUCAUUCCAACAAGAUACAACUCAUCACUCCAAACAUUCAACUUCCAUAUAAACCAUUCCCUUCCGAUCUCACUUUCCAAAUCACUCUUCACACUUUAACUAAGCAAACCAAUAAUGGCUACCACUCGUCUAACUCUAGCUCCUCUCCUCCUCAUCGCAGCCGUACUACUCGCAACCAAGGCAACGGCUCAGCCGGCAGCCCCCGCUCCAGAGCCUGCUGGUCCCAUCAACCUCACUGCGAUCCUCGAAAAAGGUGGUCAAUUCACUACUUUCAUCCAUCUUCUAAACAUCACUCAAGUCGGUAGUCAAGUGAACAUUCAAGUCAAUAGUUCAUCCGAAGGUAUGACGGUGUUCGCACCAACAGACAAUGCUUUUCAAAACCUUAAACCCGGAACCCUAAACCAGUUAAGCCCUGACGAUCAAGUUAAACUCAUUCUCUACCACGUUAGCCCCAAAUAUUACAGUAUGGAUGAUCUCCUCUCCGUGAGUAACCCGGUUAGGACUCAAGCUUCUGGCCGAGACAACGGUGUUUACGGGCUUAACUUCACCGGCCAAACAAACCAAAUCAAUGUCUCUACUGGUUAUGUGGAGACACGUAUUAGCAAUUCGUUGAGGCAACAACGUCCUCUCGCAGUUUAUGUUGUCGACAUGGUUUUGUUGCCCGGUGAGAUGUUCGGAGAGCACAAGCUUUCGCCGAUUGCUCCUGCCCCUAAAUCUAAAUCCGGUGGGGUUACCGAUGACUCCGGCUCCACUAAGAAGGCAGCGUCACCGUCGGAUAAGUCAGGCUCCGGUGAGAAGAAAGUCGGACUAGGGUUUGGUCUUGGACUUAUUGUCUUAUGUUUGAAAUUUCUCUUUUGAAAAUUUAAUAGCAAAGAUUUGUUUUGCUUUCUAUUGAUUUUAUCCUGCGAUGUGAGGUAUAAAUAUGAAAUUUGUUGAUUAAGUUCCGUGAAAUAAAAUGUGAGAUUUUUAAUAACAUACGUCGUCUAUAGUUGUCAAUUGUGCCUGUCGAAGUGGAUAACUCUUUUCUUGGCGAACCCAAAACAACAAAUUUGUGAUGUGAACAAAAUAUUUUGUUAACUUAAUUACUAAAGUACGUAUACAA